AUGAAUGACGGAAAAUUCGCUCAAACAUCAGACCAAACGUCAGCAAGGCCUCGUGCUCGUUAUGCCUGUUUGGGUUGCAGAAAAUCUAAACGUAGAUGCAAUGGAAUACCAAAUCAAAGAGAAUGUAGUGAAUGCAGAAAAAAGGGACGAGACUGCAAUUUUUCUGUUUGCCCAAUGUGUCUUAAUAAAAACGAAAAUAAGAUCAAUGAUAUUUGCGAUAAUUGUCUCAGCAAAAGUAUGCAACAGGACUUUGACAAUUUCCAAAUGGAAUCGGAAAUUUAUAAUGGUUAUGAAGACAGCAUCUCAUACGAUGACAUAUUCACAUACGAUGCCAGUCCAAGUUCAUAUAGUAGUCUGCCGCAGUUUUAUAAUGACGCAUAUCAGCAAAUUUACGUGAAUGAAUUCUUGAAUCAAAAUGAGAUUCAUGGACCGGGGCAUAGUUCUUCGCAAGUUUACCAAAAUGAUGUUUUCGAAGCCGGAGUUAAUAAUUCCGGUGGUUGCACAAUUUAG